AUGGAAGCUCGGGUCCCCGACGAUGAUUUGCUCUUCAUGAGUGAAGAAGACUUCGUCGUAGACUUUGCAAGCCAUGACCUGGAUAACUUGCCAUGGAAUGCUCCAUAUAAUACGAAUGACGCAGCGUUUGCCGACGUACACCAGGGAACAGCCUUUGCAGAUGCAAUCGAUUCAGUCAAUACGAACUCAUUUGGCAUUUACUCCAAUCAUACCAAUCCAAUUUUAUACAACACUCAAGAGCUACCAGCUCUAGAUACUACUUAUCUUGAUAUCUUACCUACGAACUGGGACUUCAUGAUGAUGCCCACUGAUCCCAUCACUACUACCAUUGCUGGUUCUAUAACAACCACAGAGCAAUCCGAUUAUUCCACUACCUACACAAAUUCUUCCUCCCCGACGACUCAAAGCAGUCCAACAGGACUGUCACAAUCACAAAUAUCCGACCCCUUAUCGGCAAAAAAUGCCGAAAACGCAUCAAGCACAUCAACCAGAAGACGAAGAACGAAGAUGAAACCAGGCACUAGACCCUGUGACUUGAAAAGACAGAAGCGAAAAGAAGAUAAGCCUGAGAAGUGUCACAUCUGCGGAAAGGGGCACCAGUGGAGGCGCGAUCUGGAGAGGCACUAUUGGAGUAACCACCCAGACGAGGCAGUCAAGAUGGGCCUUAUUCGAAGCGAAUCCAAAUUGACAGUGACACAAGCCCAUCAGUCACCCAGCAACGACCCUGGCACUUCCGCGCUCGUGUCAACAACCUGUGCGACAAUGUCUUCUACAAGUGAAGACACUCCUUCUAUCAUGUCACUCGAUGACGAGCCUCUUUACCGAGCACCUGAAGGCUAUUAUGUCGGCGACGAGUGCCCAAAUGAAGAGGAGCAGUUCACUUUCACUUGUCCCUACAUUCACUGCGAUGGCUGGAUCUUUGCCUCUGCCGAAGAGUGCUAG